AUGGCAGAGGCUUUUGGCAUUGUUUCGGGGGCGGUCGGCAUCGCCGGAAUCUUCACCACCUGUCUGGAAUGUUUCGAAUAUGUCCAAAUAGGUCGCCACUUUGGUCAAGACUCUCAAACGAGCCAUUUAAUGCUCAGCGGGCUGAAGCUUCGUCUCUCGCGCUGGGGCGAAGCUGUCCAUCUUUAUACCGAUCCACAACUCGGGCACCCAGAGGCAACACAGGACGAUCUGCAACUAGCCAAGAAUACGCUGUAUCAAAUUCUAGUGCUCAUGUCCGACUCAGAGAAAGUAUCAAGGAAGUUCCGUCUGAGUGCCAAGUCGGAAGGGGAUUCUUCGACAUUGCAAGGGUCCCCUACGCAGACAAGUAUAGACCGUUUGAUGCGGGAACAGGCUAGACGCCGACAGAAAGGGACAAGCCUGGUCAAAAUCGCUAGCUGGGCAUUGUAUAAUAAAAGCCAUCUCACGUCUCUGGUAGACGCUAUCGCCAAGCUGAUAGACUUUUUGGAGAAGACGUUUCCAGCACCAGAAGUUCAAUCCUCACUGGCGCAGUCCGAGAUUCGAGAGAUUUGUGACCGGACCCAGGCGCAACAGGACACUACUCUGGCCUUUGUUUAUGAGCUGUCUAUGGCUGUGGACAAGACACUGCAGGCCCAGGCAACGAAGAUGAUAGAACAAAAGGGUAUCAGCAUCGGAUCAUUGGUCGUGGCAGAGAAUGCUAGAGUCAGAGAUGGGAACUUUUACGGGUCGGCCUGGAAGGGAGAAACCAUACCGAAGGCCAGUAGCAAUAUAAGAAUCGACUCGAUUCAUGUAAGCGGAACCGCACGAGUUAUGAACGGUGAUAUGUAUGGUGACCAGGAUAAUUUUUUUGACUAG